AUGAAAGUUAAUAAAAUUCUUCCAUUUGACGCUGAACUACUCAAGGUUACAAUUUCGCUGAGACAACUGGAAGAAAUAUCCAAGGAAAUAUCAUCGCGUGGCCAGGUAAGUGGUAUCAAUGAGGUAGUUUGGGCUCUUAAAGCUUUAACACUUACCGAUCUAACCACACUGGCCGGUGAUGAUACAGAAGCUAAUGUCCGACGACUGUGCCAUAGAGCAGCCUACCCAUUCCCUUUGCAUUUAUUGGAAGAAUGUGUUGAACCUGGUUUACUGAAACAAAUUCAUACUGGUGCCGUGUGUGUAUAUCCGGCACGAGUUGCAGAUGCUCACCGUUGUUUUGAACAGCUAAAGGCUGAUGUACCAAUUGCUGCUGUGGCAACCGGGUUUCCCACUGGACAAUAUGGUUUGAAAACACGCUUAGAGGAAAUAACAUUUGCCAUUGAAUCGGGUGCCAAAGAAAUUGAUAUAGUGAUAAAUCGUCAGCUGGCACUUACUGGACAAUGGGAAAAGUUAUACGAUGAAGUGUGUGAAAUGCGUAAGGCGUGUGGUGAUAAGGCUCAUUUGAAAACGAUUUUGGCGAUCGGUGAAUUGGGAUCUAUGGAAAAUGUUUACAAAGCCUCAAUGGUUUGUAUGAUGGCUGGUGCCGAUUUUAUUAAAACAUCCACGGGUAAGGAGUCAGUAAAUGCCACCAUACCCGUUGGUUUGGUUAUGAUAUGGGCUAUACAAGACUUUCAACGAAAAACAGGACAAAUUGUUGGCCUCAAGCCAGCCGGUGGUGUUCGUACGGUACGUGAAGCCAUUACAUGGAUGACAUUGGUUAAGGAGACAUUAGGAAUGCAAUGGCUGCAGCCAGCCCUAUUCCGUUUUGGGGCCUCCGGUCUAUUAGAUGAUAUUGAAAAGGUAGUUCGCAAAGGACUUACCGGGCAAGAAGUCAAGGCAGGGCCUGUGGCAGCCUACUAA